AGUGAGUUCAAAGAGAAGAAAGAAGAGCUUUUCGUGUUCGGCUACUCGUGCAAAUUGUUCAGGGACGAUGAAAAAGCCCUGCACAUUGAUCAAGGCAAACACCUCAUACCGUGGAUGGGGGAUGAAACGUUGAAAAUCGACAGGUUCGAUCUGUUUUUUACUAUAACUGUGGCUAAAAACGAUAAAGCGAUUGCAAUGUGUUGGAAAAUACUUAAUAUUGGAAGAUCUUUAAGAUUUUCGCAGAGGAUUUCGAAGCUUGCGGGGUGAAGAUCUCGCAGCGGGCGGCUGCUGCGUCGCAUAUUGUUAUGGUGACACUCUUCAGCGGUAUGACGCCCGAGGUGCUCUCCAUGAGGUGGCAUCGCUGGAGGCGCCACCGGGCGGCUUCGACUGGCGCGUGGAGCUCACUCGGAACGAGCAAGAAGUGGAGCAGCUCUGUGACGAGGAACGGUAUCGAGCACUGCAUACUGACGAGGAUGAGGAGGAAAUGUAUAAAGAGGAAGAACUGAAGCGUCUCCACGCAGCUGGCUACGGGCAAGUUGGGUUCAACUAUGACACUCCAGCAGCAGCCCCAGCCCCGACUACACCCGUGGAAGUUGAUGAGCCUUUUGUGCCGACCCCAUCUUAUAGGGCUCUUUUUGCUCCAGAUAUACUAUUGCCUGAUUCCGUCAAGCAAAACACAAUAAUAGAGAAGACUGCAAACUUCAUUGCCUCCCAAGGUGCUCAGAUGGAGAUCCUAAUCAAAGCGAAGCAGGGAGAUAAUCCACAGUUCAAGUUUCUGGACAUUGGGGCGCCAUUGCGGCCAUAUUAUCUUGCCCUGGUGGCUCUUGUGAAGGCUGGGAAGUGGCCGGAGAAGGCACCAGAAGUUGUUGAAGAAAAACCGCCCGAGACUGACGAAUACCUGCAUCCUAGCUUGGCUUCAACCGUCAUUGAAUCUGCACCUUCAAUCCCAAGUAUCCACUACCGUCCAUCCGCUGACUGUGACUACACAAUGCUAAUCUCAAAAAUGCGUGGAGAAGCGACAUUAGAUGACAACUAUACUCCGGAGUUAGCCCCCGGAGAGGUGGCUCCCCCGGGCACUGAGCCACUGCCUCCGAGACACAGGCCUAUCAUAUCUAAGGCUCCAGUCAUGUAUACUAGGGAACAUGAAUCGCCCCCUCUCCGUGUGGCGCCCGCGCCGCCCGGGCCGCCGCCGGCGCCGGCGCCGCGCUCGCGGGCCGCGGGCGCCAGCUCCACCGGCCUCAGUCUCAUGAAGAACUACAACACCGACUCCGACAGUGACGCCUCCGAUUACGAUUCAUCCUCAUCGGACAGCAAAGACGUGCCUCUAAUAAUAACCCCGCCCGCGGACGUGCAAGUGGUAGUCGACAAGAUGGCGGCCUACGUCGCGCGGAAUGGCGGCGAGUUCGCCGAGAUCGUGCGCGCCAAGAAUGACCCCAGGUUUACGUUUCUGGAGCCGGACCACAUCUACCACCCGUACUAUUUGCGGCUGAUGCAGCAGAAGCGAGGCGGGACCAAUGGGACGGGGAAAGAAGAGCCUAAGAGGACCACAGCACCAGUAUCAUUCUCAAUAAAGAAGCUAAAGGAGCCCGACCCGAUCCUCCCGAAACCAGCUCUCCCCUAUGAGUCCAGCUCGGAUGAGGACGAAAAAACCGAAAAGACCGAAAAACCGGAAUCGCCCAAACCUCAGACACUAGUCAGUCAAAUACCACAAGCGGUGGUUUAUAAAAUGGAGGCAGUGAAGACUUCACAGGAGCCUGCAAAGAUGCCCAUUGUGGAAAGAAAGGAAGACAGUUCGCAGCCGGUUUUGGUGCAACCAGAAAGAAUCAUUCCCAAACAAGAAAUCCCAGAACUUCGAAAAGAAAAAUCUCCGACCCCGGAAAAGAAAAUAGAAAAACCGAGAGACAGAGAUAGUCCAGUUAAAAGCGACAAGCGGAAACAUAGCAAACGGCCCAAAUCGGAGGGCAGGGAGAGAAAGAGAGAACGGAGUGCGGAUAAAGAGAGGAAAAGAGACAAGGAUAGUGGGAAGAAGAAUGAGGUGGAUGAAAUUAUAUCGUUGGAGGAUAAUGAUGAUGACUUGAUUGAUUUGACUGGGGAGUUUUCGGAUUCGAAAACGGAGGUAGAAGGAUCGGCGGAGCGCGAAAAGCAGAAGUCCCGGCGCGCGCGCGCCGCCGAGUUCCUGCGCCGCGUCGGCGUCGACCCCGCGCACCCCGCCGCCGCCGCCGCGCUGCCUGCCUCCUCGCUCGCUAGUGCCAUGGUUGACACGUUAGAAUCUCUUCGAAAGAAGAAAGAAGAGGAAGAGGAAAAACGACGACGUCGCGAGAAGAAACGGCACCGCUCCAAAUACGACAAUGAUGACGAUGAAAAAGCCCAUCGGAAGAAGCGCAGAAAAUAUAGAUCUUCUGAAGAAAAUGAAGAAUCAGAUAUAGAUAGUUCUAAAAAGAAGAAGCGCAAAAAGGACAAGAAAGCUAAAAACAAAAAGCGGAAAAAGCGAGAAGUAGAAGAAGAGGAGAUUCACGAACUACCCCCGAACAUAGACUUAACCAACACUCUGAAAGUACUACGUACCACUUCUCCCACUAAAGAGCUAUGUCAGAACUUAGAAACCCAGUCACAGCGGCGCCUGUCUUCUGACGACGACAAAAUACGGAAAAACCAGUCUUCUAGCGACGACGAAAGGUAUAAGCGGAAAAAGAAGGAAUCUAGUGACGAGGAGUAUAAGAUGGAGAGCGAAAAAAAGGAGCAUAGAAGGAAGAAGAAGAAGAAAGAAGAGAGGGAGUAUAGUGAGGGAGAGUGGUCGAGCGAUACCGAAGAGGAUUCUGCGUCGAGUAUUAGUAGAGAUGACUAGAUUUUAUUUUAUUACUAGAAAUAUAUGUAAGUAUACAAUAAAAGACAUAUUAUAUUCAGUUCAUUCUAACAUUAAUUUGUAUGUCAAUCUGUAAGGUACAUAACAUGAUUGCACACAUACAAACACUUUGUCCAAGGAAUAGGCUAGUUUCCUAUACAUACUUAAAAUAAAAUAUUUUAUGCAGUGCACGAAAUAAAGCACAACAUAAUUAGAAGAAAUAUAUAGACAGUAGUUAUAAUCAAACAUAAUUUAUAUUUAAUAAGUCAAUAAGAAAGAUGAUGAUGAUCUUGGGAUUAGUUGUCAAAGCGGACCCCAGGCUCUCAUGAGCCGUGGCAAAUGCGCAUAACGCAAAGAGGACCAUAAUGAUGAAGAAAAAUAUAAAGUAAAUGAAUUGACCGAGAUGUCACUCCUCAGUAUUUCAUAGUAAUUCCAUAUUAGUAAAUCGUUUUGACAGUUCUUAAAAAGAAGUUGAUUUGACUAGUAGGAAACUAGCUUAUUGUAUACAUAUAAAGUAAUUUAUUUUUCUCCAAGAUGUAAGGAAUCAAAUAAACAGUAGCAAACUUAUUUUUUGUCAUGUAGAAAUGUCAGAGACGAUCUCUCUGCGAGGGAUACUACAUAAUAUAUUGAAUUGAGGGAAGGCAUGGAAAAAUUCGCACACGUCCAGCAGGCCUCCGUGGCUCAGUUGUUCAUAGCACCUUAAGGUAGCAUUCGGAACUAUCGCAUAUAAAUCCCUACAAAGCGGUGCGGCGCGACCCGGUCGCGGCUGCUGGGCAGCGGCUGCCGGGUCGCGACUGCUGGGAUCCGAAUGCUACCUUUACAUUUCUAUUUAUUAUCUUACAUUUAUAACAAUAGACUUUUUUUUUUUAAUAUUUUUGUGAGAAAUUGCUCAUUUAUUAUAUAUUUCAUUAGAAUUUGUUAUAUUCUAGACAUGUGUAAGUAAUGCGAGUAAUAUCACAAAUGUGAUAUCACUUGAACACGUAAUAUGGCAUUACGUAUCACUCCGAGAAAUCCACCAUCACCUCUAGCAUUACGUAUCACCCGAACGCAAAUGUCGCGAACUACUAAAACAGUGCGCGUAAUGUUUACUGCCCCAUGUGAUAACUGUAAUGGUGUAACAACUGAGAUGUUUGAAAGCAUCCAUUAUUACAGUUAUUACUUUCUUAUUUCUUAUCUCGCUCUCGCGCUCACACGCGCCGCACUAAGCGCUCGGUCGCUCUCGUUCUAACCAUCAAAAUAUCAUACGAUGCUUUCGGCUAUUUCCGGAAGAGUUCGGAACGCGCCACUCAGCCGAACGCAGUCGCGUUUACGUAGUUGCAAAUUUCGCUUGCGAAUAUGAUUUUAUAACAGUCCAAAAGAUUUAAAACUGUAAUGCGUCCCCAUAGAGCUUAUUUUAUUAUUAUCAUUUCUUAUAAUCAUUUUGUGGAUGCGGGUAAACCAGAGUAAUUUUGUCUGUGAAAUUGGGCGCGCCGAAAA